UGGAACUUAACCGGUAUCAGAUAAAAGAUAACAUUUUGUGUACUUACUUACGAGCCAACGAAUAGCAAUUUCAUUUUUCCCAUACAAUGCAGAGGGCAGAAGGAAUUAAAUCAAACCAAAGUAUAGAAAUGAACACAGCUGUAAUUCCAAUUGAAAGCUACUCUAAUCGGGCAGGAGUUCCAGAACGAUACUCACCGUUUCGAAGUGACACAUUAACAAGUCGUCUGCAAACAUUUAAAGAUUGGCCAAAGCAACUAAAUCAGAAACCGAAAGAUUUAGCUCAAGCCGGAUUUUAUUACGUCGGUGAAGGUGAUAAGGUGACAUGUUUUAGCUGCGGAGUUGGUUUAAAUGAUUGGGAGGUCGACGAUAAUCCGUGGAGCGAACAUCAGCGUUGGUCCCCAAAUUGUCCCUUUUUAAAUCUCGGCGGAAACAAGGAGUUUUUACAAACAUACCACACGUCUAAAGAACACGAAUCCAAAGAACAGGUUCCUAAUAAUAUACAAUGCGUUAUAUGUUGUGAUAGAAUACGAAACAUUUUAUCCCUACCUUGUAAACAUCUUAGCACUUGCGAAGAAUGCAACGAUAAACUUCCUAAUUGUCCGAUUUGUAAAAAAGAGGAAAGUUAUCGUAUUAAAAUUUAUAUUCCAUAAAAUGAA